UAUCAGCAACUACAUAAUGCUUAAUUAUUAUCUGAAACUGUUUUAUGUACUUCUCCUCCUCUUGCUGCCUGUUGCAGAAUCCAUUCUCGGAUUCAACAAUACCGCAGAAAUAAAGUGCAUUGAGAGGGAGAGACUGGCACUCCUCAACUUCAAACAUGGCCUCAUAGAUGCUUAUGACAUGCUGUCUACAUGGAGAGAUGAUGACAAGAGCCGAGAUUGUUGCAAAUGGAAAGGCAUUCAAUGCGACCAUCAAACAGGUCACGUAACCAUCCUUCGUCUCUGUGGUUCGGAUACACAAUAUUUGAGUGGUGCAGUCAAUAUCACUUCACUGUUUCCCUUGCAAAAUAUUCAACAUUUGGAUCUCAGCAACAAUUUUUUUAUAGGGAGCCACAUCCCAGAACUUAUGGAUUCACUUACCAACUUAAGAUAUCUCAAUCUCUCCCGUUCCAUUGUUGGUGGUAAUAUUCCUACCCAACUUGGAAGCCUUACACAUUUAUUGUCUCUGGAUUUAAGUCACAAUUAUUUUCUCCGUGGAGAUAUCCCUUAUAUACUUGGAAGCCUUACAAGUUUAAGGUAUCUCGAUCUCAGUGAUAAUAAUCUUGAUGGGAAAAUCCCUUCUCAACUUGGAAAUUUGUCACAAUUGAGACACCUUGGUCUCAGUGGUAAUUCACUUUCUGGAGAACUCCCUUUCCAGGUUGGGAAUCUUCCUUACUUGCAAACUCUUAGACUUACUGGUGAUUUUGAUGUGAAACCUAAUGAUGCAGACUGGCUGUCUAGUCUCUCUUCCCUAACACAUCUUGCCAUCGAUGGUUUACACAACCCUGACUGGUUGCAUAUGAUUCAUUAUCCAAAGCUAGAAGAGUUGAGACUCGCUAAUUGUUCUCUUUCAGAUACCCAUAUUCGUUCUCUAUUUUAUUCACCUUCUAACUUUUCCAAUUCUCUUAUCAUCCUUGACCUUUCUUCUAAUAUGCUCACGUCCUCGACAUUUCAAUUAUUAUCUAACUUUAGCCUUAAUCUUCAAGAGCUUUAUCUUUCUCAUAAUAACAUUGUUUUGUCAUCUCCAGUCCACUCAACCUUUCCUUCUCUUGUGAUCCUUGAUUUUUCCUAUAAUAAGAUGACAUCAUUGUUGUUUCAAGGUAUCUUCAAUUUCAGUUCAAAACUUCAAAAUCUUUAUUUGCAAAAUUGUAGUAUUGGGGAUGAUAGUUUUCUCAUGUCAGCUAUUUCAAUUACGAAUUCUUCGUCUUCUCUUGUUUCGCUUGAUCUCUCCUCAAAUCUGUUGAAAUCAUCAUCCAUAUUUUACUGGCUCUUCAACUCCACUACCAAUCUUCGUAUACUUGAACUUUUUGAUAACAUAUUGGAAGUUCCGAUUCCAUAUGGAUUUGGGAAAGUAAUGAACUCUCUUGAAUUUCUUGACUUCUCUCAGAACAAACUGCAAGGCGAGAUUCCAUCUUCCUUUGGGAACAUGUGCACGUUGCAGAGGUUAUACCUCUCAAAUAACGAGUUGAGUGGAGAAAUUUCUAGCUUAUUUCAAAAUUCUUCAAGGUGCAACAAACACGUGUUUCAGAGUUUGGAUUUAUCUUAUAACAAGAUUAUUGGCACGCUACCUGCAAGCCUUGGAUUGCUAUCAGAGUUGGAGAUUCUUAAGGUAGAUGGAAAUCAUCUGGAGGGUGACAUCACCGAAUCCCAUCUUUCCAAUCUUUCCAAAUUAUGGUACUUAUCUUUGUCACAUAACUCUCUGUCUUUGAAAAUAGUUCCUAAUUGGGUUCCUCCAUUUCAAAUAAUAAACUUGAAACUAAAAUCUUGCAAGAUGGGCUCCAUUUUUCCUAGUUGGCUCCAGACUCAACGCUCCUUAGUUUUUCUGGAUAUUUCUGAUAAUGGGCUUAAGGGUUCAGUACCAAAAUUGUUUUGGAACAACUUGCAAAAUGUUCAAUAUUUGAAUAUGUCUCAGAAUAAUCUCACUGGUGCAAUUCCUGAUAUAUCUUUGAAGCUCCUCAACAUACCGUCUAUAAUUCUGAAUUCAAAUAUGUUUGAAGGCCAAAUUCCGUCGUUUUUACUUCAAGCAUCAGAAUUGAGGCUUUCUAACAAUAAUUUUUCAGAUCAAUUUUCAUUCAUAUGCGGCCAAAGCACCUCUGCAAUGACCAUUCUAGAUUUAUCAAAUAAUCAAUUGAAGGGACAACUCCCAGACUGUUGGAAAUCCAUACAUCGGUUAUUGUGUCUCGAUUUAAGCAACAAUAAAUUGUCAGGGAAAAUUCCUGUCUCCAUGGGCAGCCUUCUUGAAUUGGAAGUCUUGAUUUUGCGAAACAAUAACCUGAAGGGUGAAUUAGCUUCCACUUUGAAGAAUUGCAGCAACUUAAUUAUGUUGGAUGUGGCUGAAAAUAUGUUAUCCGGUCCCAUACCAUCAUGGAUCGGUGAAAGUAUGCAGCAGUUGAUAAUCUUAAACAUGCGAGAUAAUCACUUUUCUAGAAGUCUUCCUAUUCAACUCUGUUAUUUGAAGCAUAUUCAAUUCUUGGAUCUCUCAAAAAAUAUGUUAUCAAAGGGAAUUCCAUCUUGCUUAAACAAUUUGACUGCGUUGUCGGAAAAGAGCGUCAACACAGAUGAGAUUACAAAUCGUAGUAUACAUUGGAAAAAUUCCAAUUACAUGUUUACUUUUGACAGUUCUCUUUUUGGAUUUUAUACCCUUAAAAUAAGCUUUAUGUGGAAAGGUGUGGAACAAUGGUUCAAGAAUCCGGAGUUACAACUUAAGAGCAUUGAUCUUUCAAGUAAUAAGUUCACAGGUGAUGUACCAAAAGAGGUUGGAUAUUUACUUGGGUUAGUUUCUUUGAAUUUAUCACGAAAUAAUCUGAGUGGAGAAAUUCCUUUGGAGAUAGGAAAUUUAAGUUUACUAGAGUACCUUGACUUAUCAAGAAAUCAUAUCAGUGGGGGAAUUCCUUUCUCACUUUCUCAAAUUGAUUUUCUUGGCAUGUUAGAUUUGUCACACAACUCUCUCUCUGGAAGAAUACCAUCAGGAAGACACUUUGGAACUUUUGAUGUCUCUAGUUUUGAAGGGAAUGUUGGUCUUUGUGGUGAACAACUUAACAGAACUUGUCCUGAAGAUGGAAAUCAGACAACAAUAAAGCCUCGAGAACAUGGAACAGUCAAUGAUGAUGAAGAUAAUGGUUUCUAUCAAGCACUGUAUAUGAGCAUGGGGAUUGGAUAUUUCACUGGAUUUUGGGGCUUAUUAGGGCCAAUGCUACUUUGUCAUUCUUGGAAAAAUACAUAUCUGAGGUUCCUAAACAGAUCGUAUAUAUCAAUAAUAUGCAUGCCAAGUGUUGUUGGUGGUCUGAUUGCAAGAAAAAGGUUAUUGCAGUUGUGAUACGCUCUGAUCUCGGAUGAAGGAAAUCAUUGGUAUCCAUACAAGUGCAAGAUAUGUACUUAGUAAUAGUUUGAAUGUUUUGCAGUAAGUAAUUUAUUUCAAAAUCUUGUUUUCAGAGUAUGAUUUGGAUGCGCUGUUUAGCAUAAUAGAUUUGUAAUGUUUGUUUCGUUAAUUCAACAACGCUUUUGCCUGUUCCCACAUCUAACAACUCUAAACCAU